AUGUCAUUCUGUUCGGGGAGUGUAACGUGUGCUGAGGAUGGCCAGCGCAGGCAGCCCUCCCCGCGGUCUCCGGCCCCGCCCUCAUCCUUUCCCCCUACCUUAUACCCCGUCGCAUCUAACGACCUCAAUCCAAAUGCCGCCGUCCAGCGCCGCAUCUCACGCUCAGACUUAGACUUCGAACAGGCCCUGCGCACUGGAGGCACCGUCGUCCUCAAAGAGGGCCUCGACGUAGACUCCCUCGGCGCAGACAUCUCAAACACAUCUAUAUCCUUUUCUACUCCGUCUCCAUCUAUUCAGAAGCACUACGUGGGCCUCAAGCCCGCCACCCCCACCGUCGUCCCUCCGACCCCGUCUCCCGUGGUCAGUCCUCGUCCAGGCCCAUCUAAUUCUUCCAGGACGCGCCCGUCAUUAUUGCCGUCUUCGUCCUCGAAUGACGUGUUUUCCGACGCCCAGGACAGCGACUAUCAGACAAGACGGAGGUCGAUGUAUCGUUCACCCGGGACAGCCAGUAGCCCCGAUCUCGCUACGCUCCUCCGCAAGGCCAAGGAACGUGGAGGACCGGCGAAUAGAGAGUCCGGAAAAGCCGCUGACUCUACACUCACUCCGAACAGAGCUGCUGGAUCGAGAGGCAUGAACCGCCAGCAAUCCUCCCCUACGUCUUCGCCGCAGGCUUCGCCGGCUCCUAGAGGUAAACCCAGGUCAGAUCAGCUACUCGGAGGUGACCACGGUGGUGUUGGGAGUGUGAAUCCAGAGUGGGCAUGGACGAGUCCACGGUCAGCGGGGCCGCCAAAGAAUCCAAAAUCUUCUGUGCGAGCGAAAACAUCCGCAUUCCUAGGCAAAAUGCUUGGUUCCUCCAGCACCCGCGAGCGAUCGCGGACGAUUACAUCCUCUCCGUCUACCACUUCCAUUACGUCGUAUCCGCUCAUGGAUGCCUUUACUCCUCCAGUCCCGCCUAUCCCGCCUAAGCACCAGUCACAGUACUCUUCCCCGCGCGCUGGUCCUUCAGACGUCUUUACUGAUGCUCCCAGCACUGUUGAUAUGGACAAAAUGCUGCCACCCACGGACAGCAUACGUUCGGACCUUGAUGAUCUGUCGUUAGUCAUGGUUGAUGGGCCGCUGACCGACCGCUCACGGUCACCAUCGCCGACCAAAACCCUCAAAGAGCGUCCGUUGAACGGCAAUGCGAAGCAUGUUAAACUUCCAAGCCGGAGCAAACGGAGAAGUAUGAGUGUCAGUGAUGCGGAUAUUAAGAAAGUCAUGAAUAUGGGUGCAACAUCUACUUCGGCUCGCAUGUCGAGCGAGGCACGUACCGGAGGUCUCGGAUGGGAUUCAGCACUGAGCGGAAUCAUCUCUGACUUCAAAGGAGAACUAUCACAACUGGACCCGAUCUCCACAGGGCCGCUUGAUCUGCGCGAUCCAACCACGCCUUCGCGACGGCCGGCUCUCGCAGCCUUGCGCGCUCGUAGCGAAGACACUGCACCGCGAGGCUCACCAGCUCGCCCACCAUUGAAACUCACAACCUCCGCCCCGAUGCAGCUCCCGACGCCCAGGGUGACCCUGCAGCCCGCAGAAGGUGCACAGAAAUCAUAUUCCGCUGGUCCGUCUCUCGAGACCCGCCCGUCGGUACAGGAAGACAACACGGAAGUUGCCCUUGUCCCACCAAGAUCUAGCUCCUUACGAUCGCAAACACACACGCCCCCACGAGCUCGAUCGGGCUCGAGCGGUAUGGCUCCACGUGUAGCGUCGAUGAAGUAUGGUCCACGUGCACAGCCUAUGCGAAAUGGAACUGCGCCUGUGCUAGCACAAGCUCCCUCGCCGUCGACGAAGCGCGAUGCGGAGCGACUCCGGGUGCAGCACCGCUCGACGGCGUCGACGUCUGAGCCAUCGCUGAUCCCGGAGCGGGAGGAUGGACGUGUCCAGCCAGGCUUGUCUGCGAGCUCGCAACAGGACCUCACGACGAAUGAUCUAGUUAAUGGGCGCUUGAAUCUCCAUGCGCGUGGUUCGCCCAUGAAGAGUGAGACAGCAGAUUUGCUGGUGCGUGGUAAAGAGCUCGCUUCGCGGUGCUGGGUCGAGGACGAAGAUUUCUUGGCGAAGGACAAGAUUGCAGAGUGGCUCGGCGGACAGGGUCUCAUUAACAAGACGGCAUUGCGAUUCUAUAUGGACUACUUUGACUUCUCCGGACUACGCUUGGAUCAUGCUUUUAGACGGCUGUGCGCGAAGCUCUAUCUGAAGGCCGAGACUCAACAAUUGGAUCGGAUUCUUGAAGAAUUUGCACGGCGAUAUUUUGAUUGUAAUCCCACUACCAUUUUUGGCAGCUCAAGUGUUGUGCAUGCGGUCACCUACUCACUUUUGCUACUCAACACCGAUCUCCACGUUGCCGAGCUGACAUCACGGAUGUCCCGCGGCCAGUUUGUUCGCAAUACUAUUUCGACUAUUCAGAUGCAGCUACAGCCCAACCAGGGCUCCAAUAGCGAUCUUUCUUACGAUGACUGGACAAGCUUCCGCGCCGGUUCUGAAAGCGAUGUCGUCGGAACGACCGUGCGAUCCCGGGCCAAACGCAGCGACAGUAUCACUAGCUGGAAUAGCAUCAACACGCGGGAGGGCAUUUCAACGCCUGCACCGCUAGCAGCCCAUUCCACGGGACAACUAAGCCAGGUUUCGGACAGCGCAACACAGUCACCCAUGAAUGAGAGUGCCGUGUCUGUAGCCCUUUCUUCUGGCCAAGAAUCCAGGAACCAGGAACUGGCCUCCACACCUAUAAUGCAUGAUCGCAACUGGGAGGUGGAGGUAGAGAGCAUCCUCAAGGAAAUGUAUGCAGCCGUGAAGAGCCAGCAGAUUCUGCAGCCUAUCAAUAGUGCGUUGUUGGCGCGACCGUCCACAUCGUCGUUGAGUCCUCAUGGACCACUGCUGCGACAACGCAGUUUGCGUACCGGGCCACCUGACCGGCUGAACAAUUUGAAGCGAGGAAGUAUACGAGGCUUACAGUCGAUACUACAAGCUCAAGCUGGUGUUAGUCCGUACAGCAGCAAUAGCAGCAUCGACGGCCGGGCUAGCCCUGCACCCAGCUUCGCCAACUCCAUCGAGGGCAUUCGCAACCCUUCCACUGCAUUCCUCACACCGGCUCUUGGUUUUGCUUCUAACUUGUCACAUACCAUCAUCCGAGAGACGCAAGAAGAUGAUCAUCUCAGUUACAAGAGUGACUUGUCGGGUACCGAUGUUAGUAUUACUGACGAAGAGCUGGCGCUUCUGGGUCCACCUUGGGCCAAGGAAGGCAUGCUGUGUCGCAAGCAAUAUUGGGACUCCACGGGCAAGCGAGCAAAGUCCAAAGCAUGGAUGGACGUCUUUGUCGUCAUUCAGAAAGGCGAGCUUAGUAUGUUCGUGUUUGGAGAGCAUGGUCACGGUGGUUCGGGCGUCGUCGGCGGCGGUAACUGGCUUGAAAACGCACAGUCGGUAGGCAAAGUGCUCCUUGCCCACUCUCUUGCCCACGCGCUCCCUCCACCUGGCUACAACAGACAGCGGCCGCACUGCAUGGUUUUGACGCUUUCGAACGGCGGAGUCUAUUUUUUCCAGGCAGGUACUGAGGAAUUGGUCAACGAAUGGGUGUCGACUUGCAACUAUUGGGCCGCGCGACAAAGUAAGGAGCCCCUCGCUGGCGGUGUUUCCAACAUGGAGUACGGCUGGAACAGGGUCCUUGACCCGAUUACCCGUGUACGAUCAAUCUCCGAAGACAAUUUUUCUGUUCGCGACGGGGACGCUGAUGAUGGAGUGAGCAUUCGCAGUGGUCGCAGCGGACGGAGUGGGAAGAGUCGCAUUAGGGACAUCGCAGCCACUGUGCGGGCGGAGAAGUCACCAUGGGCUGACAGGACUUUCAUCAACGACUGGAAGCCGCCCCUCCCUCCAAGUGUACCCAGCAUGCAUGACGAGGAGACCCAGAUGGAGGCGCUGCAAAAGCACGUCACGUCUCUCAAAACCGACCUCAAGCAACAUAAUGCACUGAGAACGCCUAUGAUGAAUCUGUAUCAACCUCGUUCGUCCAACGCCACAAAAGCGAUGAGUAACUGGGAGAAAAAAUCGCAAUAUUUGCUGACCGAGAUUGUCAAGUAUGAUUCUUACAUCGACUCGCUGCAAGCGGCGAUGUCGCUCCGGCUCAGAAAGCGAGGGGAAAAGGCGAUGGAGAGAGCGCUGGUAGUAUCCAGUCCGACCGAAGGAGAAUUCCCAGAUACCGCCGCGAAGGGCAAAUGGAAGGGACAGCCUGAAGAGGAGACGAUAGAAGAGGGGGAGGAGCCGCCCGCUAGUGCUUGUCCGGAAGCUUCAUCACCUGUACACUUCCACCGCCGGGAGCUUGCUGAGACGGGUGAAUCACCAACGUGA